CAGGAUUUAUGGUCUCGUUGGAUGGAUCCAAGGGUAUCAUGAAGCAGUACCGUAGCAAUAUUCGAACCGCGAAGCUAUGAGAUGCUUUAUGUUUUUUUUGCUCGCUUGAAUAAGCGAGACAGAGAGAAAGAAAGAAAGAGACAGAAAAUGGAUGAUAUACGGAAAGAUGCAUGGGAGCUUCAAGCUUGAUACCCGGGCAUGAUUUAGUUGCUAUAAAAUAAUAAAUUAGUAUUUUUCCGCGGAUUUGAUUUAUUGCGCGCGCGCACACACAUUGCGCUCCUGGCGGGUGAAGCGAGCGGAAAGGUUUCGCUUUAGGGCCACUUAGAAGAAGUAGCAGAGUCGCUGCUAACCACCGUUAGCAACCACGGAACAGUGCUUCUGUCGCUGAUCGAUAAAUAGCAACGUCACACGAACCGGCGAAAGGUGAUCCGAUGUAAAAUGGACGAUUGUAAAUGGGCGACAAUCGCCAGAGGAUGAUAGGGGAAAGGAAGGGAACCAGAUAAGCUAGGCCAAUGGAACAAGGAAGCGAGUUUCCCGGGCCCUUUGGUAGACCAGAUUGGAACAUUAGAACCCUAUCAUUAUCGGUAAACCAACGGUUUCGACCAUCUUCCGAAUAUCAAUAAAUAAGAUCCGGUUGACCAAUCGGUGACUACCUCCAACCACCUUGGGCGGGGUAGUUCACUAGCUGCCUACGAACCGGGCACCUUUCCACACCCAACACAAGAUGGAUCGGCAUGAGUGUUGAUUGCAUCGAAGGCGAUGUAAAUGCAAGAACGCAGCUAUCUUCACUCUUCAAAGCCAAAGCGAACCGUUUAUGGUUUAUGUGCACGAAAAUACAUUACACCACCAACUUUCCAUAGCUUCUCCCUGGUAGCCCACCGGUGGCAAUUAGAUUCGCUAACUAACUUUCCGGUCAUAUCCGGUGGAGGCCUUUGCCGUCGCGUACGCAAGUGCCUGAUGGCGGUAGAAUUCGAUCGAUUUGCUAGCGAUUCCCCUACGGGGCACGAUCACCAGUAUUGGGGGGGGCCCCAUCCAUCUUCGGCGGAUCAGCCGACGAUCUGCCGCCUGUUAUUAGCCUAUCGCGAAAUGAUCGUAAACAAACACUACCGGAUCGCGGAACACUAACCUGACGCCCGGUUACACCAUGGUUCUCGUUCGUUCACUUGUGCUACUGAUGUUACCAUGCCCGUGUCCAUGGACGAUUUCGUGCAUGACUUAAUGGCCAACUCUAGAUGAACAGCCCGCUGAAAGCUCACACUGUCUUCACUGUUUUGUGGAACAAUUUUGCCGGCCAUUUCAAAAAGGGCUUUCCUCCCCCCUUUAGCAGACAACCCAACAAAACCCACCUUCACCACGGUGCGAUGUUAUUGAACUCGGUGAAAUAGAUUCCAUUUCUAUUAUAUACUGUGCACACUGCAAAGGGUAGUAACUGGGCGUGAUGAUUCUUCAACAACCUUACACUGCCGUACUGCCGCAGUUUCUAAUAGUAUGGUUUGCUGCUCCUUCCAAUACACUUUUGCUGCUUCGUAAAUUCAUUUCCCGUCCUUUUUGACGGGUUGGUCAAUGUUUUUUUUGCUAAGUUUCUAUCGCUAACACCGGGCACCGGUAAUCUUGUGAAUCAUCAACACCGACGAAAGCGCAAUCAUUCUAAUAAACUCAUCUCCGCACCAUUUUCCAUGGAUCGUGAAGCCCAUUUAGAUCGUGAAACCAUGCCCUUUGGUAGCAGAAUCCAUAUUCAGAAUUCCGUACCAAGUCGAUAUGCCGAUAGAUAGUGAGAAUGUCUGGAGUUGUAUUUGCAAUGCAUUUUCUCCUUAUCAAGUGUAUUGCCGAGUUUUUUGUAGCUCGUGACGCUCAUCUACCCGCUGCAUCGACCAACCCUUCUGUCCCUGCUGCUGGUGUUGCUGUGGUUUGUUUAAUAUGGACUUUACGUACAACGUAGUAACAGAAGCAGCAGUGGCAACAGUAAAUAUCAAUCCCGUAGCGAAGCAACUUCAUUAAAUUCUUCAACCAAACCAAAACAAACCAUUUUUCUCGCACUGUUCUGCGGGUCUGCUGAAUGUAAAAAAAUGGAACAGGAAAAAAAAGAAUGCCGCAGAUCGUGCUAUUACUGGUAACAUGCGAUCAAGAAUGAUUGAUCGCAGGCGCUGCGAUCACAAUCCAGCAGCCGCAUGGAAGCCGCAUGGAAACCGCAUGGAAGUGAUCGAGAUUCAGCACGCACCGGCGUUUGCCUCGUGGUGGGUCUUAUGAUGCUUGGUCGAUACCUGUGUGUUGCGAUACAGUUGGAAGCAUUGAUGCACCAUGCUUUCAUUAAUGGCAUUACGGAAAGUGCAUUCGGUGCGGUUCGGUAAAUGAAAUCAUGAAGCGCUGAUAUAGUUGGAUGAGGUUAUACACAUCACGUAAACAGCAACGAGUUCUUUCAUUCUCGAUUGGAAUCAUAUCGAUUACUAUCGAGCAACCGAUCGAAAUGCUUUCGGGCAAACGAUCGUAUACGAGCAUCGGUAGUCGAUAAGAAAACCGAUUCGAGUGCCUGUGUUCUGACUGUGUUAUAUACUUUGUUAGUAUAAUGAACUCAUUAUGAAUGGUAAAACAGAACCUGGGGAGAGAUUCAUUUAUAAAACUCAUUGUUUUGUUCCAAGUUACAUUGCGAUUUUUUAAAACCUUCUCUAUCGAAACAUUAUUGAAACAUUUUAUAUUAAUAUAUUCCCGCAUUUUUGGACAAUACGGAAGAACAGCCUUUGCGAUGAAAAUAAUAAAUAAAUAUGUCUAAUUUUUAAUUGAUAUUAUACUCGCACAGAGUUUAACAAUGAAUUGUAUCAAUUUUAUAGAUUAAAAUAAUAUCAGGAAUCCAAAUCGAAAUAUAAUGUACAUAAAUCAUAAACGAAUGAAAAACAUUACGUGUAACCUACUAAAAUUAACAUCCAUUCCGUUGUAUCGUUUUCCCAAAAAAUCUACACAUGCAAAGGAAAAACCACAACCCAAGAACAGGUUUGAUUGGCUAUAUGUAAAGCAAACUAUUUCCAUUUGCAGCAAACCACCAAUUAGCAUUUCCCUGUCACACAAGUCUAUUAUUAUAUCUAUAAAGCAUAGGGAAAAUUUUCUCGCACACACACACAUAAAGAAAAAUCGCUAUCAACAAUGGCUCACAGCACAAGCGGGAAGAAUUUGUUGCUUAAUAUUUCAGUCGUUGGGAAAUUUACUCUGAUUUAUGAUCCUUUAUACUGCUUAAAAUUGUGCCAGUGCCCCUAGAGUACCUACAAGCUCAUGCUCAUGCAAUUUGGUCGGCAUAUUUAAUGUGUUUUAUCAGGAAAGAAAAAAAACGCGACUGAGCGCUUGAUCGGCAGAAAAAAUUAAAUGAAAGCAAUGGUGCUAGCGAUGGUAAAAAUUGAAGAGAAAAAAAAGGUCAAUUUUGUACAGCGUGCCAUGAAAUGUUUCUUUUCUGAUAAGAACGAAUAAUAAAGUGCCAGUUCGCAAAUAAAGAACGCGAAUCGUAGCGGUACCGGUGGAUCAUUUUUUUGUUUUGGGUUUUCUUUUUGGGAUGGUUCACUUUACUGUUCGGUGUCAAAUUGCAGCAUGCCGUUUAAAGUCACAGUCAACGAACAAAAGAUUUACCCGAGAGUGCGAAUACAAUGCGUUUUUGCGGGUCGGUGAUAGGUCAGUCGCAUGGAAUGUGUCAGAAUUUUAGGUCAUUUCUGUCCAAAAUUGAUCGGUGUCACACGAUAACAAGUGGCAAGAGUAGAGAAACCCUUGAUCAUUGUCCGGCUCAUUGUCCGGGGCUCAGAUAACUUGACCAUUUUUUCAUUUUUCUAGAGUCAGCGAUUGCAUCCAGAUGGUGCAACGUGUUGGCGUCAGGAAGUUCAAAUAGUUGCAUUUAACCUCCCCAAUUGCAUUCAGAGGAUGAUUUGUGCAAUGUGCUGAAUAUGGUUUUUUUUCGCUCUUAUUUGCGCUUUUCGUGUCAAAUACUCCCCCAUACAAUCUCUCUCUUCCUCGGGGAAGAAUAAAGCUUAAGCUCAUUCAAACACUACAUGGCUUCUAAAAGGCACUAUAUCGAACUGGACUAAGACUCUCAUUGUCCGUCACUCAGUGAAAGCAGUCGCGUAGAAACAUCAGCACACAAAAUAGAAUCCAUGAUGAAUGAGCGAGAAUGGCACAGGGAACGGUGAAAUAAAUGCGUGUAGAGAGCGGGAGCAUUCGGACAGACUUUUCCUGCUCAGAGAAUUGGGGAGCUUUCAGAGGCAUUUUCUCCGGCCUUAGAGCUCCAUUCUUCACAACUGCACGAAAAGCAUCUUGCGGUAGCCUCUUUUCCGAUCCGUUUUGGAGCUUUCUUUCGCUUCCGCGUCGUUCGUUGAACUUCCUACUCGAUCUGGGCCAAGCCGAACCAGCUACGAGCUUCACCCGAGCUCGUCCGCUCCGGAGCGCAGUUUUUCACGAUCAAGGUUGUCUCUUCGCGUCGAGGUCUCGGUCUCGGUCGGAGUCUCGGGGGACUCGAUGUUUCGCUCUCUGCACGGGAGUCUAUGCCAAGAUCAUGCGGUUGAUCUUCAUUAUGCAAUGCUGCAGCAUCGGUGGUACGCUCCCGGGAGAGCAGUGCACGAUCGCGCCCGGGCCGCGAGAAACUCAUCCGAAGAAUGGACCGCAAAACGAAGAUCGCGCGAUCCACGCACCCGAACGGGUACGCGCGUCCCGAAGAAGAUUACUCUUCCGCGCUGCUACCGGGAGGAAAAAAACUUAUAUAACAACCCACGACCAACCAAUGCUCUUUAGUUAAGUGACGACCUUCGUACGGUCAAGAUCAUUUCAGAAAAGUCUCCCCUAAGCGGCCGAGGACGUAUAGGAAAAACCCGUUCGUCAAUCCAGCUCCAAGUGCCGACUUGGACCUCUUCAGUAGCAAACCUUUUUUGCUAUUGACUUGUCGCCUUUGCUCGGUGUGGGUUGUUGUGUGCUGACAGUUCUACAGCUACCCAGCAAACGGGCUAGACACUUUCCUUCCGAUCUGGUGAUCUGCAAAGUGUAGUUCAAGUUUAAUAAACCGAUUCCCCCGACCCCGUCCGUACGAUUCUAUUCAGCUCGUUAAGGCUCUGUUCAGUGAAUGAAAAUUGGCCAAGUGAUUUGACCGUGGAAAGCGAACCGAUCGACUCAGAAUACUGUUAGUGAAAAUUACUCGCAUUCCGUCAGUUCAACUUCCUGCAUCGUUGUUGGAUUUGGGAAAUUCGUUCCAUCUGCAUCUGCAAACAAUUUGCUACUCAUCUGAGCCAGCAUACACACGUAGCAUACAAAAAGGAGAAUUCUAACCCAGAACAAGUGUCUGAGUGUGAGCGCACAGUGUCCGUUUACCACCUUCAUUCUGCUGCCUACGUCAACGUGUGUUGGGAAGUGAAAACAUAUUUCAUUUUACGGAAGAAAAAAAAUCUCCUUAAAAAAAAUCUACCCAGAUCUGCCGCAAUUCCGAACUGUGUGUUUGAUACUAUAGUGUGUGCACGUGCAAAGCGAAUCGACUCGAUACAAGCGAACGAUACAAAACGAAGGCAACAAAAAAGUGCCACCUACAACGAAGCGAUCGAAUUCCAAUAGAAUCAGAAGAUUUAAUCGUGUUUAAAGCAGAGCGACAAACUCCCAUCUGUCAACAUGCUGCCAAGAUCGUUGCGUUCGUUGUUGUUGGCCUGUCUGUUGUUAGCGUCCUCCCCAAGCAUAGAUGCGGCGAAAAGGCGAUCGCGACUCGAUCUACCAAUUUCAAAGCCAGCCGAUGCACCACUUGAGGACAAUCUAGCUACCGCAUCCGGUUCGGAGCCGGCAUACGAACGUGUAGAAGCCCCGGCUGCCAUUACACCGGCCGCCGCUACCAGUGCAGGUGCUUCCGCCGAGACGGAAUCGUCCGCCAAUGCUAGCGGAAGCGGAAGUUCGGAAAACAGCAGCCAAAUGAUCGACGAGUACUCGGACGAAGAAUGUGAUCCAGACUUUAUAGCUUUCGAGCUAGUUACCGGAUAUGUCUUCUCGGCACCGAACAAGCUUCUUGAUUCCAUGCCCGGUACGCUGAUGCUAACCGACUGCUUGGAAGCUUGUCAGAACAAUGAUUCAUGCGCAUCCGUCAACUACGAAACCGGCCUGUGUGUGCUGUUCUCGUCAAACUCUGACAAAUUACCAGGUGCACUUACAAAGUCGCAGUUCCCGGUGUUCACGAUCUACGCACAGAAGUCCUGUCUGAAGCUGCGCCCGUGCGAACGUGCCUGGUGCAUCGACAGAGUGCAAGGCUACAAGCUGAACGGACACGUCAAGCGUACCGCCCAGGUCGUUUCGCGCCGCGACUGUAUCGAGAUGUGUCUAGGAGAGAACGAAUUCACCUGCCGUUCGGCCAACUUUUACCAGACCACAAUGACUUGCGAGCUGUCCGACAUGGACCGUAUCACGCUGGCUGGAUCCUCCGCCUUCCAAACGAAUGACGGUGCUGACUACCUGGAGAACAACUGCGCCGAAGAACCGACAAAGCUGUGUGAAUUCAAGCGCCUAUCCGGACGCAUAUUGAAAACGGUCGAUUCCGUGUACCAGGACGUUGCCAGCGUGGACGAGUGCCGUGAACUGUGCCUGAGCUCACCUUACCGUUGCCACUCGUACGACUACGGAGAUACUGGCGAUAUGGUGUGCCGUCUGUCCCAUCACAGCCGUGCCACGCUGUCCGACAUUCAGGAUCCCUAUCUGGACGUGCCGGAAGCUGCCACCUACGAACUGUCCUCGUGCUACAACGUUUCGAUCGAAUGCCGUGCCGGCGAUAUGAUUGCCAAGAUCCGUACCUCCAAACUGUUCGACGGCAAGGUGUACGCUAAGGGAUCGCCCAACUCGUGCUCGGUCGAUGUAAAGAACUCGCUAGAAUUCGAACUGCGCAUGGGAUAUCAGGAUAUCGACUGUAACGUGCGCCAGAACGGUUUGGGCCGCUACCUGAACGAUGUGGUCAUCCAGCAUCACGAUACCAUCGUAACGUCUUCGGAUCUGGGUCUGGCCGUCACUUGCCAGUACGAUCUGACCAACAAGACCGUCUCGAACGAUGUCGAUCUGGAUGUGACGGGCGAUAUUGAACCGGCCCUGUCGGAAGAAGUUGUUGUGGAUUCGCCCAACGUAGUGAUGAAGAUUACGACGCGCGACGGUAGCGAAAUGAUGCGCACGGCCGAAGUUGGCGAUCCCCUGGCGCUGCGCUUCGAGAUCCUGGACCCACAGUCACCGUACGAGAUCUUUGUCCGCGAGCUGGUUGCAAUGGAUGGUGUGGACAGCAGCGAAAUUACCCUUAUCGAUGCCCGUGGUUGUCCUACGGAUCAUUUCAUCAUGGGACCAAUCUACAAAAGCGCCAACUCAGGCAAGAUCUUGCUCUCGCACUUUGAUGCAUUCAAAUUCCCCUCGUCGGAGAUGGUACAGUUCCGUGCGCUCGUCACACCGUGUAUGCCGACCUGCGAACCGGUACAGUGCGAUCAGGAUGACUUCGGUGGUGAGCUGCGCUCGAUGGUAUCGUAUGGACGCAAGCGACGAUCGGUAAACGCUACGAUGAGUGCACUGAUGGAUGCGGCUGUACGUCAUCGCCGAGAAACCACACGCCAGGCCCCGCAGGACGAUAUGUUGCUAGUGCAAUCGAUUCAAAUUACGGACAAGUUUGGAUUCGAGAAGCAGCAGGGUGCUAAGCCAAAACUUAGCAGCAGUGAAACCGUGUUCGUUGCCAACGAUGGACAAGGUAUCUGUGUCAAUGGAUUAGGUCUUAUCGUUGCCGGUGCCGUGUUCCUGCUCGGCCAGUUGGCAGUCAUUGCCAUCUGGACUUAUCUGUGGCAACGCCGCCGAAAGCAGCGCCAGUUCGAGAAUGCCUCCAUGGGUUCGUCGGUUGUACCGACCCCAACGCUGACCGGUAGCCGAGCGGAUUCUAUGUGCAAGCUGUAUGACAGUGGUUACGCCGGUAGGCACUUUUAAAUUGCACCACGCCAAUACUGACCAGAUCCCCACCAAAUUUUGCGCCGGAACAGAUUUAGAUUGUAAAAGACUUUCCCACGUAACAGAAGAACAAAACACU